GGAAAAAAGAACCGCCUUUCCUUCGCUUCUCGUCAUUUGAUUCAUUAUUUUUUUUCUUUUUCGCACUUAUUAUUUUCUCGAAUUAUAACGUUUUCUCUGCGACCCACUGUUUGUAAUCAAUUUUCCGUAUUUUUUUCCUCAAUAUUUUGAACUUUUUUUCUACCCUGCCGGUUUUGUCUUGUUAAGCCACUAUAUGCGAUUAGUUCGACUUGUUUUAAGUAUUUUUUUCAGUAAAGAUUGGUUUUUCCUGAUAUAUUUUCGUUUUUUGAAUGGCCGCAGAUUUAUUUUUGAAGUUUUCUUGGAAAGAUCUGUAAAACGAUCAUAUUUUCUUUUUCUUGCGAUUGGAAGUUAGACUUUUUUCCCUUGAAGAUUGAAUCUUUAUGGGUUUUUUGUUUGAUGCUCUGUUCGUAGAUUAGUUUUUGACGAAACCUGGGUGGUUUUCGGUCGUUCUUGUUCGAAUGGGCAUUCUGGCCUCUGGGUUAGAAGGCUGAUGGAUAAUUAAUCUGAUCAGUUAUGGUUUUGAGGUUUCGAUGGGGGAGUGAUCAGUUCUUGCUGUAAUGAUUUAAUAUUUUCUUUAUCUGGUUACUUGCACUCCAAUUUGUGCUUUGAAUUCUUAUGCAGGGUUAUGAAACCAAGAAUUUCUCUAUUGGGUAUUUUGUUUCUGGUCACCUGCAUUGGUUUUGCUUAUAAAUCUGCUCAAUUUUUCGCGACUAAUAUUUUUUUUCUUGAUUGUCCUUUUAUACUUUCAUUUUUAUUUUGGUGGUUGAUUGGUACCCAUGACGGCAUUUCUUUAGUAGAUAUUCUUUUUUGCUCAGAAUAUCUUCUGUGUUGUGCUAAGUAUGCUUGCCAAAUCUUUGCUCCGAGUCCUGUUGUUAUCUUAUAUUGGAUGGUUUGAUGUUCCCAGAUGCCAAAAUUUUCUCACGACUUGAAUUAAGUUGUAAACAUAUGUUUCACCUGCUAUUCAGCCGUUAAUUUGGUUAACAUGCGCUGCUUUUAGUGGAUUUCACGGCCUACUUUUUUGGUUAUCUACUUAGAGUGCUAUGUUGUUGCCCAAAUCAGUUGAAAUUGUUCUGAUGCUCCUCCGCGAUCGAUUCAUCUACCUAGUCAAUUUUCUUAAUUUUUCAUUCAUUUUUGGGGUCUUUUAAGCCAUCAUGGUGUUCAUUUAAGAUUUCUAUUUAAUAAUUCACGCCCGAUUAUUGGGAUCAUCAUCAUCAUCAUUAUUUCUAUUUUUUAUUCUUUGAGAAAAGUGAUUGUGAUACAGAUAGUUGGCCAGCAUAUACUAUCAUACAUGCAGAAAACUUGAACCUACUAUAAUGGUCCUCGACUUGGAAAAUGAUCUGUUUCUUGUACCAUUCAAUGAUCAAAUUUUCUGUCUCAUAUCUUACUAUUUUCAGAGAGCAGUAGGAAGCGACUGGUGCUCAUGGAGGUUAAUGGCCAGAGAAAAGCGAGGAGAAAAGACUAUAUUUCCCGAGAAGAUAAUAAUGCAAAUUGUCUGAAUGAUUUUGGCGAAUUUGAUCCAUGGACAGCAUGGGCAUACAAGCCUCGCACAAUUUCUUUGCUACUUAUUGGAACCUGUCUUUUAGUUUGGGCAAGUGGAGCACUUGAUCCGGAAAGCACUGCAUCUGAUGAUGUUGUUACAUCUGUAAAGAGGGGUGUCUGGGCAAUGAUUGCAGUCUUUCUAGCUUAUUCGUUGCUUCAAGCGCCCUCAACGGUACUUAUCAGGCCGCAUCCUGCCAUUUGGCGUCUGGUUCAUGGGAUGGCUGUUGUUUACCUCGUCGCUCUUACCUUUUUGCUUUUCCAGAACCGUGAUGAUGCUCGGCAGUUAAUGAAAUAUCUUCACCCUGAUCUAGGAGUCGAACUACCUGAAAGAUCAUAUGGAACUGAUUGCCGUAUAUAUGUACCUGAGAAUCCCAAAAGCAGGUUUAACAAUGUUUAUGAAACAUUGUUUGAUGAGUUUGUUCCUGCUCAUAUUUUUGGAUGGUGGGGAAAAGCUAUAAUGAUACGAAAUCAACCCCUUUUGUGGGUUUUGUCAAUUGGCUUCGAAUUAAUGGAGCUAACUUUUCGUCAUAUGUUGCCAAAUUUCAACGAAUGUUGGUGGGAUAGUAUCAUUCUGGAUAUCUUAAUCUGCAAUUGGUUUGGUAUAUGGGCAGGAAUGCGCAGUGUUAGGUACUUUGAUGGGAAAACAUAUGAGUGGGUUGGUAUAAGCCGCCAGCCAAAUAUCAUUGGUAAGGUGAAAAGAACACUGGGCCAGUUCACACCUGCACGAUGGGACAAAGAUGAAUGGCACCCUCUGCUCGGGCCUUGGAGGUUCAUCCAAGUGCUCAGCCUUUGCAUUGUGUUUAUGACUGUAGAGCUCAACACCUUUUUUCUCAAAUUUUGUCUCUGGAUUCCCCCUCGAAAUCCUUUGGUUGUGUAUAGAUUGAUUCUGUGGUGGCUAAUUGCAAUACCAACCAUCCGCGAGUAUAACACCUACUUGCAAGACAGAAAGCCUGUGAAGAAGGUAGGGGCAUUCUGUUGGCUUUCCCUAGCAAUAUGCAUAGUGGAGCUUCUUAUCUGUAUCAAGUUUGGCCAUGGUCUCUUUCCCAACCCAAUGCCCCCAUGGCUGAUAAUUUUCUGGACAUGUGUGGGUUUGGCCCUCCUGAUCUUCCUGCUUGUUUGGUCCUGGCAAAUUCGUCGGGCAAUGAUGAGAAAAAGAACAUUCUAAAGGGCAGACUUGAGCUCUAUUGCCAUGACUGAUGGAAUUUUAGAGUCCAUGCUGGUAGCAGCAUGUAUGCAAUUUCUAGAAUGUCGGCGAGUGGAGGAAUCAAAUUUGUAGGGAGGACUGUGUUCAAUAAUUUAAAAGAUAUAAAUCUUAUUCUCUUGUAACUUUUGGUGAAGAUAUUCUGAUGUGCUUUUGGAUGAAUCAUGUUUCAAAAGCAUAUGGCCUUCGCCGACCUUCUGGAAUUUGGUACUUGGAGCGGCUGAUGCACUCAAAUUGAGUCAGCUUCUGUUCAAGAAAGCAAGAUAACCAUGUUAUGGGAGGACAUAUGGCUGUGGGAGAUGCCUCCCAAGCAUAUGCUGCAAAGCUUUUCUCAAUCAGCAGAGAUGAGGUUGUGUCGGCGGCCUGCUUCUUGGAGAAGAAUAAUGAAAGAGACAGGUGGUAUAAAUGCACUUUAGAUGAUUCAACUUGAUAGUCCCUUUGUACAGUUCUUCCAGUUACUUUUACUCCUUCAGCAUGCAUCAACAAGAAGAUAAUAUCAGAGCUGAAAAGGGGGAUCUUGAGAUCCUCUUCCAUCAAAAAAAAGAAAAAAACAAAUCUUGGGAUGGCUGUUUUCUAUGACCAUCUUGUUGGCCUUUACAUUUUGGCCCAAUAUUAGAGGAUGGCCAUUACUAAAUGUUGUUUGGAAGGGGAUGAAUGAUGAAUUUUAUAAUUGAAAGCCAGUAGAUCCAGUAAAGACCAUACUAAAUGUUGUGGACAAUUGGUUACCAUUGUAGCAAAGUUGAAAUAUUUUAGUAGAUCAUCAUAGCUAUUUUUUUUUUUUACCUCAA